AUGCAUGAUAUCGGACGAGAUCAACAUGUAUUCAAUGCUUAUUUACUAUUUCGAUCAUUUGUACCACCAAUAGCUAAGAUCCCGAACGGUUAUCAUGGUUUAAAAUGGACGAACGCUUAUGUACUUGAUACACAAAUAUAUCCACAAUGGUCCAAAAGUGGCUUUUAUUCGGCUGUAAAAUCGGGCACAUGGGUAGCAUUCAACAUGAAUGGUGAACGAAUGACAAUCGCUAUAGAUACACCAAAUAAAUUUAGUAUAAAAUCAUUUGUUGUCUCAUCGGCAUGGAAUAAUAGUGUAACAUUAUCAAUGGUUUCACAACGUGCAUCAACAUAUUAUAAAGAAGCAUCAUUUAAAAUUGAAAAAAAAUCGCUCAACUACAAUUGA